CCAUCGUCAACCCACCAAGUUCCUAGCCAAGAUGACGAAGGGAACAUCCAGCUUCGGCAAGCGCCACAACAAGACGCACACUCUGUGCAGACGCUGCGGCCGUCGAUCUCUCCACAUCCAAAAGCACACCUGCUCCUCCUGCGGAUACCCAGCGGCCAAGACCCGAAAGUUCAACUGGGGCGAGAAGGCCAAGAGGAGGAAGACCACUGGCUCCGGCCGCAUGCGCCAUCUCAAGACCAUCCCUCGACGACAAGCCAAUGGCUUCCGAACUGGCGCGCCCCCUGGAGCUCGCGGCCCGACAGCUACCACCUCGUAGAUGUGCGGAAUGAAAGAAGGAUUGGUGAUGGCGUAGGGAAAGGAAUGAUGAUGUCGGACUGGCGAUGAGGGACCGGGGCAGCAUCGUGUCUGCGUGGUAUUGGCUCGAGCGAUUUCUCCACAGUGUAUCCAAAACAAUCCAACUCGGACUGGUCUGGGGAGGCACCGGGUCUUUUUCCGUUAUGAUGAAAUCCAUAGGGUGCAAUGAGAUUUUGACCUGGCAUCUG